AUGUGGGCGGCGGCAUCUGCUUCUGCUUCAGCUUUCUCUACUACCAUGUCCAUGUCCAUGUCCAUGUCGAAGACAAUGGAGGAUGUCUGGAACGACAUCACCCUCGCCGCCGAUCUCACCUCCGCCUCAACCUCCGCCCGCGGCGGUGGCGCCAUUCUGCAGGACUUCUUCUCUCAUCCCCAUUCCCACUCCAAGGACAUGAUGAGUACCGCGUCUCCCUCUGAUCGCCCCCCGACCCCCUCACCUCCGCCCACUCUCCUCACCCUCAACUCCACCCACCUCCUCCUCCCCCUCCCCCUCCCCCUCCCCGACCACGCUAAUAAUAAUAAUAAUAAUAAACGCAGCAGCAGCAGCAGCAGCACCACCCACAACCACAACUCCGGCGAUCGCCGCCACAAGCGCAUGAUUAAGAACCGCGAGUCCGCCGCCCGCUCCCGUGCCCGAAAGCAGGCGUACACUAAUGAGUUGGAGUUGGAAGUGGCAAAUUUACUCCAAGAGAAUGCCAAGCUCAAGGACCAGCAACGCCAGUUGUAUAGAGCUGCAGCUGCUCAAAACGAGAAAAAGAAGACUCUCCACAGAACCUCAACUGCUCCAUUUUGACAUGAAGCCAAGAAUUAAUUAAUUAAUUAGUUUGUACUAGUAUUAAUUAAUUAAAUUAGAGAAGAAGGAUAAUUAUUACAUAGUACUAUGACAUUUUGUGUAGUCGUCAAGUCCUAGUCCUAGUCCGGACCAGAUCAGGUCAGUAACAACUUCCAAAAGGCAGGCAAAGCAUGCCAUGCCA